CCUUAUCCGCAUAUCUAUCAUACUCUCACAAAAGUACUGCUCACAUAUCAAAUCCUCCCCACACAAACCUCCGUCUCAAAGAGAAAGAAAGACAGAAACAACUUAUAUUUGGGAAUUGAAAAUUGAACACGCUGAUCGAUCAAGGUAAAACACAAUGGCAGCCUCCUCACUGCAAGCAGUAGCGACACUGAUGAUGCAACCCGCUGUCAAUCAUAAUCAUAAGGUUAGAACAAGAAGCAGCGGCGGCGGCGGCGUUUCUCCUGCCUCCUCCGGCAAAGCCGCCCCCCUUUCCGCCCUCACUUCCUCUCAUCAUAAUAAUCCCCUCAAGGACUUGGCUCAAAGGUGCACUGAUGCUGCCAAGCUUGCUGCUUUUGCCCUCGCCACUUCUGCUCUUGUCGCCUCUGGAGCAAAUGCUGAAGGACUUCCGAAACGGCUAACAUAUGAUGAGAUCCAGAGCAAGACUUACCAGGAAGUGAAGGGAACUGGAACUGCCAACCAGUGCCCGACCAUUGAAGGAGGGUCUGGAACCUUCUCCUUCAAGCCUGGAAACUAUGUUGCCAGAAAGUUCUGCAUGGAACCCACAUCGAUCACCGUCAAGGCCAGUGGCGUGGGCAAGAACUCCCAAGCUGACUUCCAAACCACAAAGCUCAUGACCCGCCUGACCUAUACCCUCGACGAGAUGGAAGGACCGUUUGAGAUCUCGCCUGAUGGCACUGUCAAGUUCGAAGAGAAGGACGGGAUCGACUAUGCUGCUGUCACUGUUCAGCUUCCUGGUGGCGAGCGUGUCCCUUUCCUC